UCUAGGUUAUAGGCAGAGGAAGAGAGAACACUGGAGAACAAACUAGAGGAAAGUAAGAGCAGUGAGUUAGAUAAUGUUCCACCACCCAGGACUGGACAAGAAAGUCAUGAUGAAGCUGUUUUGCCUGUUGCUGGUGCUACUUAGUUCCACUGCUGCUGUCCCCCUGGAGUCCUCAGAUAGAGAAGAGCACACCACUCUACCUUCCCAGGUCUUUACCACAUCACCAAACCCAACCGAGGCAAAGUCCCGCUUUGCCAUGCUGGAUGAUGUUCGUCUACUUGCAAACGGCCUCCUUCAGCUAGGCCAGAGUUUACGGGAGUUUGUCCACAAGACCAAAGCUCAAAUCAAUGAUAUCUUCCAAAAGUUGAACAUUUUCGACCGCUCUUUUUACCAGCUCUCAGUGGUCACGUCAGAGAUCAAGGAGGAAGAGGAAGAGCUGAAGAAGACCACCAAUUUCCUAAAGACCAACAAUGAAGAGAUCAAGAACCUGUCGCUGGAAAUCAACUCUAAGAUCAACAGCAUCCUGCAGGAGCGUGCACAGCUACAGAAUAAGGUGGGAAGCCUCGAGGAGAGGCUGAAAGGACUGUCGCAGAGCAUGGUUCCCAUUGACCAACUUAGUGAAAUUACAACACUCAAGGAAGUGAUUGAAGCUCAAGAGAAAACAAUCACCAGCCUGCUGACAGCUGUGAGGGAGCAGCAUGAUCAGCUCGACCACCAGAAAAUCAAGAUUAAAAAUCUAGAGGAAAAGAUAAGCUAUGACAGCUUUCAGGAUACAGUUGAUAAGCCAAUGGAUUCAGACUCUGCAGCUUCUGAUAUGUUUGAAUAUUUGACAGGGAACUCAACUGGUCUGGACACAAAUGACCUCCCCACGGACUGCAGUGAGCUGUUUAACAAAGGAGAGGCAAACAGUGGAAUUUAUGUUAUCAAGCCAAACCAAUCUGAGCCAUUCAACGUUUACUGUGAAAUGGGUUCAGAUGGCAGUUCAACAGUCAUCCAACGUAGGGUCGAUGGUUCGGUGGAUUUUGACCAGACGUGGAACAAUUAUGAAAGAGGCUUUGGAGAUCUGGAAAAGGACUUCUGGCUGGGCUUGAAGAAGAUCCACAGCUUUGCUCAGCAGGGAGCUUACAUCCUACGUAUCGAAUUGGAGGACUGGAAGGAAGAGAAGCACUGGGCUGAAUAUCACUUCUCAGUGGAAGGUCCCUCCAAGGACUACACCCUUCACGUCAGCCACUUCUCUGGUGACCUGCCUGAUGCUAUGGCCAACAGCACCGGCAUGAGAUUUUCCACAAAAGACAGAAAUUAUGACCUCCACCGAAGUACCAACUGCACUCGCAAUUACACAGGUGGUUGGUGGCUCAAAGACUGUGGAGAGGCGAACCUUAACGGACGGUAUCUGUGGAUGAAGCCUAAAGGACGGUCUAUGAGAAGGAAGGGCAUUCACUGGAAACCAGGCACAGGUCCUUCAAUUUACCUGAAGAUGACCAAGAUAAGCAUACGACCAGCAGAAACCUCCAACUGAACCUCAUAACUCAUACCUUCUCUUACAACACUACUGGCAUUUUCCCAUAAACACUGAUUUCCAAUGCUCAGUUAAAACAGACAGUCCACAGGAGGGGAAAGUGAAGUAACACAGGCAUUAUAUACAUCUACAAGACAUAAUUCUUCGUUUAUCAGCAAUAUUGGGCAGAUUGCUUCCUAUCAUUGUUUUAGGCUGGUGCUUACCAACAGAUAACAGGCCAAAAGUGUCACAAGCUGGAAUAUGCGGAACAGUUGCAAUGAUGCAAUCAUGCCACACAGGUCAUUAACCUACUGGGUCUGAUCCAGCAGGAACAGUAGGACUGUCAUUAUGCAACAUCUGCAAUCACUUGCAAAAUGGACAUAUUGAUCCACAUCAGUAACUUGAUUCAGUGCUGGGUGCAAAAUGUCACAGUGCUGCAGUAGAAAGAAAACUGUAAGCAGAAAUAAGAAAGCAAUUCAAAAACUUCUUGGUGAAUUUCAGUUGCAUUUGACCAUUUCAAUGUUAGCUAUUUAAGCUAUUUAAAAUGUAUUUUAUUUUUGUGAUGUGAAACUCUUGUACGUACCCAGGAGCCACAGACAGGAAAAUCAACAGGGGAUAACAUUUAUCAUGGAAGUAAAGUCAGAAUUCAAUAGAAAUAAUGCACAGCAAAUCCAACAUCUCAAAAAGUGUCCAUACUGGUGGCUUGAUUUCAAUGAAGGUUGUGUAAUUUUUGUCUGGCAUUUUCCACUCCUUCAUCCUCAAUUUGAUGAAAAAAAGUGGAGACGCCAGCAGUCAAAUACAUUUCAAAAUAUUUGAGAUUCAAAGCCUUAAUGAGCACUGAUGUGUUUUUUCCCUUUGUUGCUUGUAUGGUUUUUUUUUUACUCUGUAAAGUAUUUAAACUAUGUCCGUGCUAUUGUCUGAUUUAUGCUGUUAUUGCUAGAAAACAUCAUUUGCCCAUAUUUUCUGUUACUGAGUCAUAUUGACUUAUUAGAACAUACUGUGCUGUAAAUGUGCUUCAUACUAGCAUGUCAUGGUAACAAGUAGCUAUGUACUCUAGCAAACAUAUUUAUGAAGACGAAAUAAAAAUAAUGACCAAAUGAUUAUCAGGA